AUGUCGAGCGUGGUGUACACGCACAUAAGUGGCCUGAGCACUAAUAUAGUGCCGAUCGAAAUACCUUCGCAAGAGCAACACGAAGGGCGCGAGGAGCCAGAAGGAUUCGUUGAGCAUGGAGAGUAUGCGACGACAAUCCAUGCAGUGCUUCUGCGAGUGCUCGACGGCGGUCAUAUGCUCGAGCUCAUGGCCUUGGAGAGUGGCAUGCGGGCAGCGAGGUUCUCGUUCGCGUCAAAGAUAGCCCUGCAGCCUGCGCUUAUGAUGCUUGGGAUAGCUGAACUCCAUGUGCUGGUCGUCACUCUCAACGGCUCUAUCUUCCGUCUACGAUUCGUUCUCCCUCACUUGUGGAAUUCGACACAGUAUGCACCCAAAGAAUACCGUAUUACCUCCAUCUCAGCACCCAUUGACGGAAUCGUACAUGUCCCAGAGGUCGGCGUUGUGUUUAUUGGGCUUAACGAUGGAGGUGUCUUACGCUUGACUGCCAAAAUGAAUGGGCUGGAAUAUACAGGAGUCAUUGCAUGGCCCACCAAAUUAUUCCCUUCGUUUUCCUCACUCAUGCCAUCUUUCUACUCUGGUCCAACCGCGCCAGACCCCUCAAAAAUUAUUGCUCUGGCCUCCAUUCCUCCCCCGCUUGCCGAUUCUGGCUAUGCCAGAGCAACCUCUCUGGUCGCCACUCUUUCCCGGACCGCCACUUGCGUGUGGCUUACUGGGAACGGCAAGUUCGUUGCGUCCAAGCAGAUUCCUUCACAGUUUUUCCAAACAGAUGCGCUUAUAACCCGUUCGGCCACUCCUGGAAAGACUCCUGCACUGGAAGGUCAUAUCAUCGACUCAGACUAUAGGCCAAUCAUCCAUAUGGAUGCCGGAACGGAGGUUAUUGUAUUCAUGCCCACUCCUGGAGCCGAAACGGCAGGAUUCUUUUUGUUGUAUCGUCUGUCCGCUCAAGAUCGCUCCUCUUCUCGUCGGGACCUAAAUUUUGUUGGCCGCAAACCAUGUUCCGCACAGACUGAAGGCUGGGAGCUUCGCGACUUCCUCGUCGCAGAUGAUGUCCUUUAUCUUCUUUGGAAUUCACAAGGCCGCACAGUAAUCCAGACCAGCACUUACGACCUCGAUGAAACUGAAGCAGAACAAGAGCCAUGGAAUACCCUCAGUGCAGACGAAGGAGACACUCUUGCCUCGAGUAUCUUGGCCGCUAUCCUUCGACCAGGUGCAUUCUCCCCGUACACACUCCACAUCGCCAUCAAACAGUACGAACAAUCACUCAUCGACGUUGCUCCAUACAUUCUCACACACCCUACCCAACUUUGGCGGAACGUAUCGCAGCAGUUGUCGGCUCCAGCGUCUCGCUUACUACGGACCCGCGCACCGGCGCCCAAAUGUGGGAUCGGUAUUGGUCAGCGCUCCGAAGAGAUUGGGAGGGAUUCGUGGCGCGCUGCCAGGCCGUCGAACGGGCGGGCUGCCACUGGGCUUCUCGUGCGCGAUGGAUCGUGUUGCGCGCGAACGUAUGGGCACCAUCGUCGCUCUCGACGAGCCCAUGUCAGUGCACUCGCUGGCCGGCGCGAACACAUCAAGCAGCGCAUCCUUGUUCGGCGUGGCGUGGUCUUACGCGCAAAUAUCCCCUCGUCAGAACUUCGGCAGCUCGAAGACGCGUUGAGAAGCGUCAGUGGAGACGGACGAAUUGCUUAUUCGCAUGAUUCAGUAUUGAGAGACGUCGCGCAAAGGCAUUUGGAUGGGUUGCUUCCUGACGGACCGGCAGCAUUCGUUAGGUCGGGGCUGGGCAUGAUAGGUGACCCAGAAGACGCAGUUUUGCAAGCCCUCGAUGUUGUUGGUAAACUCGAGCAUGUCGUCAAGCUCGAAGAUCCGGACGGUGGCAUGGGCCUGGCGAUCGGCCACGACGGCGAAUUCAAAAAGGCGUUAACGACGGCAUACAUUGCUCAGUCCAUCGAGGCCCGCUACGACCUUUGUCUCUCUAUCCUUUUGCUCCUCUUAUUUAUCGCUCUGCAACCGCAUCAAAUCCAGCGUGGCGGCCGGCCGAGCAUGCAUAACCAAAGUGCCGGGGAUUUGGCAGGGGUGAGCGGCGGGUAUGGCGAUGUCGAGGACGAUGUUUUGGCACGAUUCGAGGCAAUGGGAUUCGCCUCUCCCGCGCCGGGAGCGAUUGGAGUAGGACGGAUCCGCCAUGCGUUCAUCCGAGAAGCUGGUGUUCUGAGCGAUGUAGCUCUGUUGGAUGCUGGACCUGGUACUCUGGGACUUGUCGAACGAUUACGGUCAUUGGGCUACCUGGACUUUUCGAGGGAACUUGUCAUGAGACUGCCCCUACUCCCGGGGCCAGACGAGGCUGCGGUGCUCUUCGAGAAAGUAUCCAACAAUUUUGGAUUGAUCACACAUCUCACACCCAACGACCAAAUCGCUCUCGAAUCGGUGCUUCCCCCUCCUCUGAACCUUGAAUCAGCAUGCGCCUAUUAUAGACACGUUGCAGAAUUGUUCAACGACGCUUGCUGCCUCACGCAAGCUAUUCCCUUCUGGCGUCAGGCCAUCGAAGAUGCGCCCCCCGAUCUUGACGCACGGGGGAUGUGGCCAACUAUACCGAUAAACUUGCGCAUCUUGGUUUCGUUGGACACCAUGUCGAGGUUGAGCGCACUCUCCUUCAAAGCCCGGCAUGCGGAUCCAUUCGCAUGGCCCGACUAUGCUAAAAUUCUCUACGCUUGGCAUGUCUUUAGAGGUGACUUCCGAAGCGCGGGUGCAGCCAUGUACGAGCGGGCUAGAAGGCUAGGGGAAGAGGCCGUAGUGGAAGAAGAUCAUUCAUGGGUCCUUUUGAGUGUGUCCACCGACGAAGAUCUGGGACGAAAACGACGAAAACUGACUGUGCAUAUACCCGAGGCCAAAUUCAACCCAGACUGCAAAGAUUUCGAGGUCGUGCAAUUAUCGGAUAUGAGACAAGAACAUGCGCUUGUGAGCGCUCGGAUCGAACUGCUGGGAUACUACCGAGCUCAGUUAUCACAGUAUGCCUCUCGUCCUCGCAAGACAUCGUCUCGCUCUAUACGCGCUAAUAACUUUGACCUCGCUUUCUCAACUGGUAGACUAGUGGGCGCAGACCUUGGUCCUGCCUUUGUCAACCUGGCGACGCAGUGCAUGAACUUGACUGCGUCGGCCGAGCUAGCCGACAAUGAAAGUAUACCAUGGCUAGAAACCGACCAAACGCUUGCAUGGGAUGGGUCUACCAUCCAGCGAGCAUGGCAUUACCUCCAGCUCAGUCUUGAACGGCACGAUGUUGAAGAGGGUGACUGGUCCUAUCGAAAAGCUGUGGCGGAUACUGAGUUGACCAGUCUGCGAGACUACAAUUGGCUUGUUUCGUUUUUCCUGGAGAAACAACCCGACUAUCUGGUACGUCUGUGCUUGAAAUACAAUCGCCUCCAAGACGCGCUCUUGUAUAGUGUUCGGAUGGUCAAAGAGGCCACCGAUGCAUUGUCUGUUAUGCCGCCGCGACACGCUUCGACGACUUGCCUCCCGUACUCGCUGUUCGACCAACUGAUCAUCGCGGCUUCGGAGCCUGCUUCCUCCUCGGAACAAAAGCAUCUCGCCGAAACUUGA